AAAUAGGGCUGCACUGAGAGCGCGAGUAUAUACUAUUUGCGCGGCAGGUCACACACGCAAGUGAUGAGGAGGGGGGGAAGGGAUUCACGAGCGAGCUUGAUGUUGAUGCGCGUCGCGCAUGUGAAUGCUUCGCGGCGAGAGGCAGACGACUAUUCGGCGGACGCUCGCGCCGCAGCUGAUCGCGUUUGCGCGUCGCUCGUCGCUCGCUUCCCUUUCUCGCGCAGCACGCCGCCAAGCGAACAUCGUCAUGAGCUCCGGCAACACCAGUACUUUCCAGCAGCUCGAUGCGGAGGCUCAGCAGCUGAUCCGCGAGGCCAUAAAAGCCCGCGAAUUUUCGUACUCUCCUUACAGCGGUUUCAAGGUGGGCGCGGCCGUUCGUUGCGCCGACGGCACUUUGCGCUCCGGUUGCAACGUAGAGAAUGUAUCGUUUGGCAUGUCGAUUUGCGCGGAGCGUUGUGCCAUUGUUAAAGCUGUCUCUGAAAACCAUCUUAACUUCGUCGCUCUAAGCGUCGUAGCGGAGAAGAUCGAAGGCCGACUAACGACGCCGUGCGGCGCCUGUCGACAGAUGCUGCGUGAAUUCGGCGACUUUCCUGUUUACGUCACUUGUCCCGAUCAGAGCCAAGUUCUUCUCACCAGCUGCUCGGAUUUGCUGCCCCACGCAUUCCAACCGAGUGACCGACUUUUUUCCUCUGAAUCCUGCAAUUCGGCAAAGUAGCUCCCCCCUC